UUUAACAAUUAUAGAUAAUAUUUUAUAAAGUGGGCAUGAAGUUUUGAAGUAUUACUGAAGGAGGACUACAAAGGUUCGUUUCCGAAAUGGUUUCUUUUCAAUUGUUCACCAUAGUCUUCACACUUACAUUUUAUUUUAGCUUCAAUGAAGCCACCCAUAAUAGAUGUGCUACUGAAGUGUGCAUGGACAGUAAAAUUGAUAUUAAUAAAGAACUGAGCGAAAGAAUAAAUUUUACAAAUGGACCAGAAGGAUUGCGCGUUCGCUUCAAACCCGGCCUCUUUAGCUUUGGGUGCAGCUACUUUGACAUGUACAAGGCUUGUGUACCUACGGGGUUGGAUCCAUGUAUUCCAAUAGAGUACCGACAGAGGGCGAAGGAAUUUUUUGAAGCUUACGAUGACAUUGCAUGUACCAAAGACGAUAGACUGGACAAAUUGAUUGACUGUAUGAACAUGGACAAAGUCCAAAAAAUGUUUUUUGAGGACUUGCUGAUUAAUGGUUUCUCCCUUCUGUCUCGAAUGAAAACGAAUGAUUCUGAUGUAUGCAGUGAAAUGAAGUCGAAAAUCAGUGAGACUGUGACAAAGCUCUCGGCCUAUUGCGACCAUGAUGGUCUGCGAGCUCUUUUGCAGUACAUGAACGAACUGGCAGAGGAGCUACAGGACGUUUUCCAAAUGAUUGCACGUGAAACGGGAUACGAAGAAAUUUGCUAUGACGAGUUUAUGGAAGUGACGUCAUCAUCCCAGAGUUCCCUUACCAGACGAGCUUCAUUCAUGAAGACCCCCCGGAUCGUCCGAUCUCUGCUUGGAUUUUAAUUCUCUACUGUUUGUUUUCUCAUUAAAGCAAUCAUGCAUGGAAUAAAAAAUGAGUAUUGCAAACCACAA